AGACCUGAAAGUGGCACAUGGCAGAGUGUGGCGAUGGAGACAGCAGCAAUGGGAGGCCGUACAGCACCCUAUGACAAAAUGGAACCCACCAGCAGUGUGAGGAGACCUGAAAGUGGCACAUGGCAGAGUGUGGCGAUGGAGACAGCAGCAAUGGGAGGCCGUACAGGGACCCAUGAGACACUCUGGACCUGGCAGCAGCAUGAGGAGGCGGUACAGGGGCCCAUGGCAGAUUACGGGCCUGGCAGCAGCAAUGGGAGGCCCGUAAUCUGCCAGCACCCUAUGACAAAAUGGAACACACCAGCAGUGUGAGGAGACCUGAAAGUGGCACAU